GGAGGAGGACGAGGACAGGAGGAGGAGAAGGGGUUGUGCUCCUGGCCGGCCGAGGAGGAAGGGGCGGGGCUGAGGAGCGGCGCGUGCAGGUGCCGGGCUCCGGGCUCCGCGGGCGCGCGUGCGGCUCCGUGGGCCCCGCCGCGCCGCAGUGGUGGCCGCCGCCGCCGCCGCUCGGUCGCCGUGCUUGUGCGGGAGGCGGGUUAUGGCGGCGGCGGCAGUGGGAGCCGUGAAUGAGUUCUCCGGCCGGACGACGGAAGAAGAAAGGCUCGGGCGGCGCGAGCCCCGCGGCCGCCAGGCCUCCGCCCCCCCGCCGCGGUCCCGCCCCUGCCGCCGGCCCGGCCCCCGCGCCCGGCUCGCCGCCUGAGCGGAACCUGUAUUACUUCUGGUCCCCGCUGCUCGCCGGCUUCGCCCUGCUGCGCCUGCUGGCCUGCCGCCUGGGGCUCCUCUUCGUGUGGCUCUGCCAGCGCCUCUCCCGCGCCCUCAUGGCCGCCAAGAGGAGCUCCGGGACCGCGCCGGCGCCCGCCUCGCCCUCUCUCCCAGCGCCCGGGCCGGGCGGCGAGGCCGAGAGCGUCCGCGUCUUCCACAAACAGGCCUUCGAGUACAUCUCCAUUGCCCUGCGCAUCGACGAGGAAGAGAAAGGACAGAAGGAACAAGCUGUGGAAUGGUACAAGAAAGGUAUCGAAGAACUAGAAAAAGGAAUCGCUGUUAUAGUUACAGGCCAAGGUGAACAGAAUGAAAGAGCUAGACGCCUUCAAGCCAAAAUGAUGACUAAUUUGGUUAUGGCCAAGGAUCGCUUACAACUUCUAGAGAAGCUGCAACCAGUUUUGCAAUUUUCCAAGUCACAAACGGACGUCUAUAAUGACAGUACUAACCUGACAUGCCGCAAUGGACAUCUCCAGUCAGAGAGUGGAGCAGUUCCGAAGAGGAAAGAUCCCUUAACGCAUGCUAGUAAUUCACUGCCUCGGUCAAAAACAGUCAUGAAAAGUGGAUCCACGGGGCUCUCAGGUCACCACAGGGCACCUAGUUGCAGUGGUUUAUCCAUGGUUUCUGGAGCAAGACAGGGACCUGGUCCUGCAGCUACUGCACAUAAGGGUACUCCAAAACCAAAUAGAACCAACAAACCUUCUACACCCACAACUGCUGUUCGGAAAAAGAAAGACUUGAAAAAUUUUAGGAAUGUGGACAGCAAUCUUGCUAACCUCAUAAUGAAUGAAAUUGUUGACAAUGGGACAGCUGUUAAAUUUGAUGAUAUAGCUGGUCAGGAACUGGCAAAGCAAGCAUUGCAAGAAAUUGUUAUUCUUCCUUCUCUACGGCCUGAGUUGUUCACAGGGCUCAGAGCUCCUGCCAGAGGGUUGUUACUCUUCGGUCCUCCUGGAAAUGGAAAAACAAUGCUGGCUAAAGCAGUAGCUGCAGAAUCUAAUGCAACCUUUUUCAAUAUAAGUGCUGCAAGUUUAACUUCAAAAUAUGUGGGGGAAGGAGAGAAAUUAGUGAGAGCUCUUUUUGCUGUGGCUCGAGAACUUCAGCCGUCUAUAAUUUUUAUAGAUGAAGUUGAUAGUCUUUUGUGUGAAAGAAGAGAAGGGGAGCACGAUGCUAGUAGACGACUGAAAACUGAAUUUUUAAUAGAAUUUGAUGGUGUGCAGUCUGCUGGAGAUGACCGAGUACUUGUAAUGGGUGCAACUAAUAGGCCCCAAGAGCUUGAUGAAGCGGUUCUCAGGCGUUUCAUUAAACGGGUGUAUGUGUCUUUACCAAAUGAGGAGACAAGACUGCUUCUACUUAAAAACCUGUUAUGUAAACAAGGAAGUCCACUGACCCAAAAAGAACUUGCACAGCUUGCUAGAAUGACUGAUGGAUACUCCGGAAGUGAUCUGACAGCUUUGGCAAAAGAUGCAGCACUGGGUCCUAUCCGAGAACUGAAACCAGAGCAGGUGAAGAAUAUGUCUGCCAGUGAGAUGAGAAAUAUUCGAUUAUCUGACUUCACAGAAUCCUUAAAAAAGAUAAAACGCAGUGUGAGUCCUCAGACCUUAGAAGCAUACAUACGCUGGAACAAGGACUUUGGAGACACCACUGUGUAAAGGAACAAAUGCCUUUGUAAGCCCACAGAAUACUCCUCAGCAAGAAACAUGAGCUUCAAACAAGUUUUCAGCUCCAGGAACUCAGACUUCGUUUACAGGACUUUUUAGAGUUUUCAUUUUUGUGUACCAGACUUGAAGAGGAAUAAGAAGACAGACCUAAAUAAAAUAUGCAGUGUGAAUGGAAUUUCUGCUUAAGGCUCUUUUGCCUGAUGGUCAUGGUUUUCUCAGUGGGCACUGUUAGAGCACAGCAAAAGUAGAUUCUGGCUCAUUACUGAUAAUAAUCAUUAUGUAAAUAAUAAUUUGUAUAUUGUGUUCAGAUGAAAGUAUUCCAGAGACAGUGAAUGGUAGAAGACACAAGAGCCUUCUGUUGUCUGUCUCCUAAUUUUUUUUUUCUUUUUUGCAGCAGUCUAUUUUCUGUCUUCCUUUCCUACUAUUACCUUAGCUCCCUGUAAUUGGAAUACCAAGCACUCUGCGAUCUUUUCUGCUUUUCUUACAAACUCCAGUGUGCCAAAUGGAAAUCUUUUCCCAUCUACAGUAAGGAAGAGCUAUACUGAGGUUCUUUGCCACCUAGAUAUACAAACAUUAAACAGCUAAUGUGUUUCUCCUCAUGUUUUGUUUUUUUUUAUUUUAUUGCUUUGCUGCCAAACAGUUUAGAAAGCAAUAUAAUAGCAACAGAGAAAAUCUGGCACAACAGAGGUUUGAUGGUUUGAGUCACUCUGUCAUGUCACAUGUAGAUCAGGCCUGUGUGCCCUGCAGUAUUUUUUUUGCCCCAAUAUGUCAGAAAUUCAUUGUAGACUUAACUUGUUCCAUGUAGAAUUCAUUUUUUGUUGAAGUUAUUCUAAUAUUUUAGAGAGCCAAUUUUAACUGUUAUAAAUUGAGGCACCAGUGUGAGAGAAGGGACAUAUUAGGAGGUAAGACAUUUGUAGUUUAUUGCUUAUUACUUUCUUACUGUUUACAGAUAAUUAAAUGCCGGUGACACUACCAUCUUUUACUAAUUACAGUCCCUUCUAUGAAACUUUAAAUACGGAAUUUUUGUACAUGGCAUAUAUUUUAUAGGUUUCUUGUGCUUACUUUUUAACUAAAAACUCUAGUCUGUUGAUCUACCUUUUGUUUCCAUAAAAUGUAUAGUAAUUGUUUGUAUAAAUAUGGCUACACUUUUAUUAUAAAAAUGCAUCAUAGGACGUAGAGGCUCAUGGGAGGCCUUCUAAGAAUUGUAUAAAGGCAAAUAUUUGCCAUUAGUUUACUGGUUAAAAGUUUGUUUACAGAAUUUUUCCUUGGUGCUUAAAUGAUGCUGUGUAAAAUAUCAUGGGUAGAAAGAAUAAUUUUGUGGUAGUAACACCAACUUUUCAUGUAAGAAAAUGCACUAAAACACUUGCCCUCUCCCCAGAUAAAAAUUUUAUCAUAAAGACAUAAUCUUCAGUUUUACCCUUGGUCUUGUUAAAGAUCUAUCUACACGUAGAAGAUGGAUUAUUUCUUAGAAUCACACUCUGGUUUUAGCUGUAAUUUAAAUCAUGUCUCUUUUAAUCGUGAUUUCAGACAUCCCUGAAUGAUAAAAAUGAAAAAUUUAGAUCAAUAGGAAAACAAAUUUAAACCAAAGCUGUGCAUAUUUUUGGUUCUGGGUGGUAUCCUUUUUUAAGGUCUCAAAUGUUAAAGCAUCAGUUACGAAAUACUGAUAAUGCCAGCCUGUGGUGACGAGAAGACCAGCAGUCCUAACUCAAAACAUGUACAAUAAAGCUCUUAAAACUACCUUUUGCUUUCAUUUAGGAAGGGACUAAUAACAUUACUACUAUUAUGUAUUAAGAUGGGCUUCAUCUCAGUACUUAAAUAGAAGAACCUUUAAAAUCAUGGUUAGUUUCUUUCAGGAGGGGUUUUAGGAGUUAACAAAAUUUUCAGGAUCGAGUUAACCUAAAAUACUAAGUCAAAGGCAUUAUUGUGUGACUGUCCAUCAGUGUAUAGAAGGCUAGAGGUUCAGCUAGUGUCAAGAGAACAUCUUCUGUAAUGUUGUAUGAUCCAGGUACAUUUUAGGCCAUUUUGUUGUCUUUAAGACAGGGUCUCUUGGAGACUAAGCUGACCUAGAACUCAGUGGGUAGCCUAUGAAUAUGUUAAACUGAUUUUUCUGCCUCCACCUCCCAAGUGCUGGGGAUGCCGUGUGCACCCCACACCUGGAGGUUUGUUCUUUUUCAGUAAAAUUGAAAUUGCUAGGGUUUUCCAAAUUAAAUUAGAAUUUAGUUAAUAUUAAUUUCACAUUUUAUGUUGAGCUCUGUAAUCUGUUCAAAAUAAUGUUUAAAUAGUAAUGAUUGGUAUGUUCUUCAUGUUAACGUGACAGAGUCCUUGUAAGCUCGGUGAACUCACUGAUCACCUAACUGAGCCAAAGGAAAGACUCAAUACAAUCUUUCCAGAUCUGCUAGGGCUACAAAGCUUCUCUGAGACUAGAUGCCCAUUGAAUUUAUUUUUGUCUUAAUAGGACAAACAGAAUUUACGUUAAAUAUAUGUGGCAAUCUUUGUUUAUAAUGUAAAAUUGUUUAUAUGUCAUACAAACUAAUUCUUUGAUAGAAUGAACUACUUACAGUUUGCUUUUUGUUUCCUAAGUCAGAAGAUCUUCCUUUUAAAUGUUUGUCUGUUUUAGUAUUUUUACUUCUGCAAAUGAAAUGACAAAGGGUCCGUACAGCUGCAUAAAGUGGGUUUUUAUCCUAAUUAAUUAUAUUGUAAAUAAAUGACAAACUUUGUUUUGCCUUAA